AUGGCUGGGAGCGCUCGCAGGGCAGGCUGGCUGCCGCAGAGCCUCGAGCCAAAAACGGCUACGGCCAGGCCUCUCCACCGUUCGUGGCAGGAGGGCGCGCACGAGGGGCAGGAGCGGGAGAAGGGGAAGGAGCGGGAGCGGGAGCGGGAGCGGGCACAGGAUCAGAGCGGGCAGGAGCGGGACCAGGGGCGGGACCGGGGGCAGAGACGGCAGGCAGCAAGCAGGAAGGGCAGGAAGAGGCGGGGAGCCUCAACGAGCGUGGGAGGCUGGCUGCGACUGCUCCGUCACUGCGCCCCCCCAUGGGAGCCCCCUGGGCGCAUGGUCCUCUUUGUUGUCCUCGCCGCAGCGAGGCAAAUCGGGAAAAAAUCCAGGGAGCUCAGAGCACCGCAGAGGCCUCCGUGGAAAGGCAGGUGCUGA